AUGAAAGUGGUUGAUGGCAACACAACAGAUGCUGUAUCCACCAAAGAUGAUUCCACAACUUCUUCAUCCAAUUCACUUUCUGUACAAGAAAUCACCGUCACUGCUGCACCCCAGAUUUCUUCCCAAUCCAACUUGCCAGAUUUCGAAGCACCACCUCUUUUUCAUCAGUCAAAAGUGCAUCGCAUUUACUGGAUGCAUGUCCAGAAAACAGGGGGCAGCUUCUUCAUGGCCAUUUUCUUUCGCUUCUGCCCAGCUGCUUUGAUAGCGGAACAACAAGCCACUAAUGGCAAGCUGAAAAAGGCCCGCCUGUCAGAUCUAGCAUUACUAAAAAACUACCCCCCGGAAAAGUGGUGCUACAACAAGGACUUGAUGUUCUAUAACAUGCCAAAUCCAGGAUAUCAUCACCCAUACAUCGAACGUCGCCCCAACGAAGAAUUCUUUACAAUGACAAUGUUUCGAAAUCCAAUUGAACGACUUUGGAGUGCCUACAACUUUGGUCGGCAUGGCAGUACAAAUCCAGACAAGCACCAAUCCACAUUUGAGGAAUACAUACAGGAACCAAAUAUUUUCAAUUGCCAGCUAAAAAUGGUGCUGGGCCAUCACUGCCACAAGCAACGUCCUCAACAGCUUAAAAAGAUGGGACCACUCAACAUUUCGCUUGCCAUUGAACGAGUCAGCCAACCACGUUUCUUUUUUGGUAUUACAGGACGAUGGGCCGAAAGCAUGUGUCUCUUCCAUCGCUGGUUUGGGGGAAAGGUGUUGGAAGAUAUUGAUUUUGUCAACACACGGAAAGGUGAUACACCUGGUGGCUACCGAGGGGUUGUUCUUCCUGUUCAUGAUGAACUUGAAUGGUUUGAAGGUAUAAUGCCAAUUUUUGAAGCAAGGCUCCAAGCGGUAAACUGUGUCUCAUAUGUUCCAGCUUAA